GCCAUCGUUUUGUCAUUUCUCUUAAAAAAAGUUCCAAUUCCGCUGAAAUGGGAACCUAACCACUAAACGACACCGUAUCAAGCUCUUUAAUGGCCUACCAACUGCCUGCCGUCGCCAAUCAAAUGCUCUCUCUUUUCGCUGCAUUCUGUCAGUGAAUUUUUUUCAUUUCCAUAACACUCAAAUAUCUGAAUCACAGUUCGAAGUAACGCUGAUUGCAGUCGCCCGGUUCUUUCCUUCAAUCUUUCGCUUUCCAUUUUCCACGAUCUUCGUCUUCUAGCAUACCCAAAACACAUCAACUCCAAUAUGUCAAACCUUGGCUCUUCUCUUCCCGAUGCGACUGCGGCGGCCGAAACGCUGCGCGUUGGCUUCGUAGGUCUUGGAAUCAUGGGUUCACCAAUGGCGCAGAAUCUUAUAAAAUCUGGAUACGAUGUGACAGUCUGGAAUAGGACCAAGAGCAAAUGCGAUCCUCUCAUCAACUUGGGUGCAAAAUACCAGCCUUCUCCUCAGGAAGUGGCAGCAUGUUGUGAUGUCACAUUUGCUAUGCUUGCUGACCCUGAAAGUGCAUUGGAUGUUGCUACAGGGGAAAAUGGAGCUGCGAGUGGGUUGAGCCCAGGAAAAGGGUAUGUGGAUGUUUCAACAGUUGAUGGUGCUACUUCUAAAUUGAUUAGUGCACGUAUAAAGGAUACGGGAGCUCUAUUUCUGGAGGCUCCAGUUUCCGGCUCCAAAAAGCCUGCGGAAGAUGGACAACUUAUAUUUCUUACUGCGGGUGACAAAGCUCUGUAUGAAAGAGUUGCUCCGCUUCUGGACAUCAUGGGGAAGUCAAAAUUUUAUCUUGGGGAAGUCGGAAAUGGAGCUGCAAUGAAGCUUGUUGUCAACAUGAUCAUGGGAAGCAUGAUGGCAUCAUUCUCUGAAGGAUUGCUUCUAAGUGAAAAAGUAGGACUUGACCCAAGCAUCCUUGUACAGGUGGUUUCCCAGGGUGCCAUCAGUGCACCAAUGUAUUCACUCAAGGGGCCAUCAAUGGUUCAAUCCCUUUAUCCCACUGCCUUUCCUCUAAAGCAUCAACAGAAGGACUUGAGGCUUGCUCUGGGUUUAGCCGAAUCCGUUUCGCAAUCGACCCCGAUUGCUGCAGCUGCAAAUGAGCUCUACAAGGUAGCCAAAUCUCAUGGCCUCAGUGAUCAGGAUUUCUCGGCCGUCAUUGAAUCAUUGAAAUCAAAGCUACCGCACUCAAAAACCGAGUAAUCAAAUCCCCCAAAAUGUCACUUCUCUUUAGAAUUUGUUGCACGCUUUUCAGCUUGAAUUAUAUACGUGAUUAUAGGGGUCAUAGCGAAUACUUUCAUCGUGAGUUUUGCAUUUUUGAAUGUUCUGUUCAUUCGUGGUAAAACUGAUGGUUGAACAUUAAUUAUAUCGAUUCGCCCAAGAUAAGCGAUUAGUAUUAAUAAUUUUGGUACGUAUUUGAUUGGAUUCAAA